AUGUAUGCACAAGACUCAAUCGAACUGCUAGUCAGCUCGGGCAUACAGUUUGCGAAGCACAGUGAGGAAGGCAUUGACCCAUACGAAUUUGCACAGCUUUUCAUGACUUCUGGUGUGGUCUUCUCUGAAAACGUCCGGUGGCUCACAUUUCAUAGUGGGUACGACUUUGGCUACUUGCUGAAGUUGUUGACAUACAAGAACCUGCCCGCCGACGAGGUUGAGUUUUUUGAACUGCUGCAGAUCUUCUUCCCAGUCAUCUAUGAUGUCAAGUUUCUCAUGAGGGGCUGCAGGUCCCUCCGAGGAGGCUUACAGGAAGUGGCUAACCAACUUCAAGUAGAACGUGUUGGUCAACAACAUCAGGCAGGCAGUGACAGCUUGCUUACAGCUGGAGCCUUUUUCAAGAUGAGGCAAGUGUUCUUCAACGACCAGAUUGACGAUGCCAAGUACUGCGGGCAUCUCUACGGCCUGGGUCCGGCAUUCAGCUCAACCAGCAGCUUUUGCACUACUGAGAGCGAUCCCCUGCCUGCACCUUCGGGCACAAAAUUUUUAUCUUGA